CUCCACUUCACUGCUAAACCUGCUCUCUGCUAAACACGUCUCUAGAUUGUCGUCUCCACCCACUGUCUUCUCAGAUCUUUUCCUGUUUGGAUUAUUUUGGACUCUAUCUCUUUUUUGUUUUGUUGUUGACCUGCUCGUCUGCAGCGCUGCAGCCGCAGUAACUCUCCAGUCCGCCAGAGGCGCUCUUGAUCAGAAACACUCUUCAGUAUUUGACUCUGAAAGACACCGACACAGAAGCGAAUGAGGAAGUGCUGGAGAAUAAUAUUGUGAAAUCAAAUUUACAUCAUUUUACCUCACUAAACAUCUUCUGUUGCAUGUUUGGUUGUAAUGGAGACCCCUGAACCCGGUCAAGCAGAUGGAGAGGAGCGGAUGGUGGAGCUGAGACCCAGGACCCGGUCCAAUCCGGAGGGUGCGGAGGACCGGCGCAGCAGCACCGGGAGCCUGAACAACAGCCUGGCGUCCCCACCGCAGCCGGCUGUGGGCAGCCGUGUGGAAGGAGAGGGAGAGGCGGCCAGCUCCGACAGCCCUCCGACUUCUGCCUCCGCUGCAGCUGCACCUGUACCUGUUACUGCCACGGGAAGCUGCACCGCCAGCCUGCCUGUGAUGGCUUCCACAGUGAAGGAACGACCCAAACCCCCUCAGGUGGCCAUCAGCACCCAGAUCCCCCCAUUAGCCGAGUUACACCUGCGGGCGCCACGAGUCAACUGCCCCGAGAAAGUGAUCAUCUGUUUGGACCUUUCUGAGGAGAUGUCUCUACAGAAACUGGAGUCAUUUAAUGGUAUCCAAGACAACGCCUUGAAUAUUUCACAGAAAAUGAUUGAGAUGUUUGUGAGAACCAAGCACAAGAUUGAUAAAAGGCAUGAGUUUGCUCUGGUGGUGGUGAAUGAUGACGCCAUGUGGUUAUCAGGAUUCACGUCUGACCCGCGAGAGCUCUGCAGCUGUCUGUACGACCUGGAUACCAAUGUCUGCGAGUCCUUCAAUCUGGAAGAUCUCCUCAAUGUCAUUUUGCAGAAAAUUGAACUUCCUCAGAUGGAGAACAUUCAGACCAUCCCGCCUCCUUUCGUAGUCCGGACUCUCCUCGUCUUCAGCCGGCAUGCUGGCAUGCUUCAGUUCAACCCUUCUGAUGCUGCCAAAAAAAUGCUGCAGUCUCCAUAUUUUUUCUUUGAUGUUGUUUAUCUUCAUAACGGCACUGAAGAACAGACCGAAGACACUAGCUGGAAGGACGUGUACGCUUCCUUCAGUGAGCUGGACUCUAAGGGAAUGUGUUAUCGCUUUGAGGUGUCACUGUGUGGUCCUGCUAUCGAGCUGCACAACUGCAUGGCCAAACUGCUGUGCCACCCGCUGCAGAGACCCUUCCAGAGCCACGCGUCCUACAGUCUGCUGGAGGACGACGAGGCGCCAGAGAACGAAGCCACGGUGUGACACUCACAUCUCCUGGAUGCAUAACCACAGACUGAUCAACUCCAAAAUGGAGUGACCUGUGAAUAACUGCGUGUAUGUGGGCUUGUCUGCUCUUUCUGUACUGGAAAUGCCUCUUUUAUUCCUCAACUUCAGUGUCUUAAUUUAGCACAGCAGACAUAACCACACUAGCUCAAGACCCUGUUGUUGCCCAGUCGAUUAAAGCUAACCAAUUAGUUUUGAGAAUGUCAGCUAUCAACGUCGUGUGAAGGGAUACAUGAUACACCUCUCAAACGUCCGCUUGUUAUGUGAUGGCCAUAGAGAUCCAUUGACUGGAUUUUUAAUGCGCUAAUGGUUUCAUCUAGACAGCAGCUGAUAAAUACUGUUUGUUUGUUCCUGUCGAAUAAAUGAAACAUAAAUGCUCUGUGGGACUCAUUUGCUACAUGGGUGCCUUACAUACAAACCAAAAAACAUGGUAGAGAAACAGUGUAGCUGUGGACAGAUUGUUUUAGAAGACAGCCAUAUUAAGGCAUUUGAACGGAAGACAUUUUUAAGUUAAAAAAAAAAAUUAGUGGGAACUAAUUUUGACUGGAUAGUGAAAAGCAAUCUAUGAUAUUAUUGGUUAAUAUAUUUAUAUAUAUUUCAGAUUAUUCCACAAGAUUUUGUAUGGAUGUGUGCUACACUGCAUUAUUAUAUACUGUACUAAAUGUAUAUCCAGUAAGUAAUUUUACAUUUGGAGAAAGGGUUUGAAAAAAAAAGUGCAUUAUAAACAGCAUGUACUGAUGCAUUUAGAACUAGGGGAAUUUUUUUUGUUUUGGUGAAGAAGAUGUAAGAUACUGUAUACCUUUUAUAUAUGCAAAACAAAACUCUUCAUAGAAAAAUUAAAGCAGCAAUGCAGUUGUGUCCACAAGAGGGCACAAGAGUACAGCUGAACAACAAAAAAAAGUCAUUAGUCUUCAUUAUGAAUAAUGUUGAUUACAUUGGGGAAUUUACUUGUGGGAUUAUUGACUAGAAUUGUUUGUGUUUUUAAAGAAGAAUUAGCUUUGUUUUGAUUCUUGUAAACUGAACUCGUAUGAAUCAGUGACGCUGUAUCCUGCUGUUGAGCGGCACAAAGGUUCACAGAUAAUAGUCGGAAGAGCUUUCAGGUCACAUUUUUUCUCCUUUAUUGUGUUAAUAAUCAUUAACCUUUUUCACCCUGCAACCUCCUUAGUUCUAGGAAGAAUUUAGUUCCAAGCUGUAAACAAAGAUGGAGGAAAACCUAAAUCAAGAUGCUAAAUUCUUAGAAAAGGUCUCUUAAAAAUAAGGAUUCCAUUUGUGAUGCCAUAGAAGAAUCAUUUUUGGUUCCCUAAAGUAUCCCCAGUGCACAGCUCUUUAAAAAAUAAAUAAAUAAACUUUUUUUUUCUGAGUGUGACGAACAUUUGAAUAAUCUAAGGGACGUUCUGUGGAAUGGAAAUUUUCCAUGGAUGUUAAACAUUCUUGUAACCAUAAAUGCCAAAAAAAAAAACUUUUAUUUUUAAGAGUGAAUACAUACUAAUAUGUGAUUUACUGUUUGGCUUUAAUGCUCAACUUUUGUUUUCCAGAGACGACUGACAUGACAGUGAGUAAAUUUAGCUUGAAAUUAAAAUACUGUCAUCAUUCACUCACCCUCAAAUCCUUCCAAACCUAAAUAUUUUUUUUGAAGAAUGUUUGUACCCUGCUAGUAUUGGGAAAAAAU